GCCAUCCUGCCGCAAUUUCCCUGUGUCAUGGCUCCGGUCUCUUAGCAACAGCCGCCAGUCCGGCCGCCCGGAGCAGCCGCCGCGGGCUCAACUCCACCCGGCGGAACCCGGCGCGCCGCAGCCACACAAAAGAGGCGCAGGGCUGGAGAGCGCGCGGCCGCAGGGUCGGCAGUGUGCGCAGCGGGAGGGGACCGUGGCAGCUGAGGAGGCGAGCCCGAGGGAAGAAGGGCUCCAGGCGGCGCGCGGGAUGUGGAGGACCUGACACUUCUUGGAAACUCUUGGAAAUGGCUCCCGCCACCGCGCCCGAGGGGACUGCGAGCCCCUGGCGCAGGUUCGUCCCCUCCGGGCAGUCCAGCCGCGCUCGCGCCCGGGUCUCCAGGGCGCUGUCCCUGCGCUCCGCCGUCGGCUCGGGCUGAAAAGUUUCUCCAUGGUUCUUUGUGUCUCCCGAGCUGCCCCGGUCUCCCUGGGAGGAGGUGACCAAGCAGCUAGUGGGCAGCUGGCGCUCCCCCCACACAAGCUUCAGCUGCAGCCCUACGGGCUAGCCUUGCAUUCCACCAGUUCAUCAUGAUCGCCACCGGUGGCCUACUGAGGAUAUCCGCGAGAAAGCAGGAUCCUCUCCGGCCCCCCAGCCAGGUCCCUAAGCGUAAGAGGAAAGCCAAGAAGAGGCGUAAAAACGACGUGGUGGUGGUGAAAGGCAAGCUGAAGCUGUGCUCCAUUUCGGGGCUCAUUGCCCUUUGCGGGAUCCUAGUGCUGUUGGUGGGCAUAGCCAUGGCCGUGGUGGGCUACUGGCCAAAAGCCAACGCAGCCAACAGAGGUGGGAGCAAGCAGUUACUGCCUGUGGGCAGUAACCAUCGCAUUGGGGCCUCCAGCAACAGCAGCAAUGGCAACAAGAACCCAGCCAAGAGCCACUCUGGGACCCCAGGGGGGUUCAACUCCAGUUCUGUGGGCGGACCCAGGAGUCCACCUCCUGCAAGAUCUGCAGCCACCUCCUCUUCCUCUUCCUCUUCCUCCUCCACAUCGGUGGGCUUCUUCUUCCGAAUCUUCUCAGGCUACUUGCACUCAGACAAGCUAAAGGUCUUUGGGCCCCUCAUCAUGGGCAUAGGCAUCUUCCUCUUCAUUUGCGCCAACGCGGUGCUCCAUGAGAAUAGGGACAAGAAAACCAAGAUCAUCAACCUGCGGGACCUCUAUUCCACUGUCAUCGACGUGCACAGCCUCCGCGCCAAAGAUCUGGCAGCAGCAGCAGCUGCGGCCGCCGCGGCUGCGGCUUCCUCCUCCGCGGCUGCCCCCGGCUCCGUGCCCCCCGGGGCAGCGCCGCUCAAUGGCUUUCUCAGCUACGUGCAGUCCCGAGGCCUGGAGCUGAAGCCAGGCAGCUGCGCGGGCUCUGCGGACGCGUUCGGGGCUGCUGCAAUGUUGGCCAGGGGCUCAUGGCCCCACCCCACAGGGCUGGGCGGAGGCGGCGGCGGGACUCGCGAGGCAGGGUCCCCGCCAGACCUGGCUUCAUCUCCGCGCUGUCCCCGGGAGCCCCCGAGUCUGACUGAGGCCGUGUACAGCAUCUACCGCGAGCGCUCCAGUGGGGCUGGCCGUCGCCGGACCACAGUUGCCGCGGUGGCUGCGGCCACUGCCACUGCCACUGUCACCGCGGCUGCCAGCGGCGGCAGUAGCCCAGCGCCCUGCAGUCCAACCGGGAGUUGGGGGCGCCAGAGCACCACCAGCUCCCUCGUGGGCUCCUCGCUGAGCGCCUUCGCCCUGUUGCCCUUGCAGGGGGAUCGGGAUAGAGACGGGGACUCGGAGGACGCUAGCUGCAGCUGGCACAGGCCUCCCGGGGAACGCGGCUCCCGGGAUCUCCCCAGGGGAGAACUGGACCUGAGCCUGACCGACCUCCGGGGAGCCGAAGGCGGAGCGCGCUGGGCGUCCUGCGAGCCUGGGGAGCCCGAGGGCGCGACGACAGCACGCACCGCCAGGGGGCAGGGCGGCCGCUUGCCCAGGACCGGCAGGUACGCGGCCUGGCGGCGCCGCAGCACUAGUGGGCUCCCGGACUACCGGGCGCCACCAUCGCCCGAUCCCCUACCCUCCUCGAGCACAGAGAACCUGGACUCCUCCGGCCUCCCUGGUACAGCCGCCACGCCCUCCCUCCCUCUGCGCCCGGAGGACUCGCCCCGUGUCCGGCGGGAUUCCCACAGUUCUCAGUCGGAUGACCAGUCCAGCAGCAAUAAGGGCUACACCCCCCUAAGGGAGGCUGACACCUCAGUAGAGUCGGUCGUGGAUGUGGUGGCCAGAAAAAGGCUGGACUGUGAGGACGUCACAGAUCCCAGUACCGAGCACAGCUCCCCGGAGGGUCCCAGUCCAGAUCCAACUAGGGCAGAGCCUCUGUCUGUGCAGAGGCAGUUUACAAACAAGGAGAAACUCUUCCUGAUUUCCAGGUCUCACACCCCAGGAGUAGAAGACCCUGAACUGGAAAAGUCUUCCAACUAGGAAGAGCGAGCGGGACAGGGAAAAGAGACUCGCGGGUAGAGUCCCACUGGAACCUCUCUGCAUUAAAAGCCCCCACCCUAUCCCGAUUCUCCUGUGGACAGGUCCGAGGAAACCAUUCAAUAUCCAAAGAGCUGCAGAAUGUUAUCCUUGAAUUACGUUCACAAGAUUCCUGUAGAUAAUUCAAGCAAUUUUUUUUAAAGAAACAAAGUCGUCUUUUUAUGUCCGAUGGUGAUUGUAUGUUCGAUGAAAACCAAAUGUAUUAAAAGAUCACAAUCUAGUUCAUUAGAUGAAAUUCUCUUAAUUUUCUUAGGAUCAAAAUAAUAUAUUUUUGAGAGUAACUCUGUACUUUACUCCUAUUUUUCUUUGCCCGCCCCUGCCCAACUUCCCUCGCUCCUGUACUCUGCUGCUGACUUCGUCCAUAGCUGCUUGUAAAUGAAUGACAAGCUUUUUAUUUCCACCCUCGUGCAGAGCCUAGAAGAAUUUUUUUGUCAGUUCUGUCAGAAUUGAACUUUCUAGGUGGAGUCAAAGCCCAAAGCAUGAGUAUUCGGGAGAGAGGGCUCCCUUGCCUCACCCCACUCUGAUCUACAGCUGUCCAAAGGAUUCUAUUUUUUAAAAGGAUAUUUGAAUUUUGCUACCAGGGUAUGUGAAGACCGACCGGAGGGCGCCAGCAACUACACUGGAUUGUUACAUUCGUAAACUCACAAGACCAAGUACACCAUGUGUUACUGAGUAUUAUCACACUUGUAUGGAAAAUAACAUUAAUAUUUAAAGCCUUUUUUAAUAAAAAGUUUCCAAACAGUUAAACAUAAUAUUGCCUCAUUUUGCUUAAGAACUUGUGAUUCUAGAGCCCAGGAAGCCCCUAGCAAUUUCUCUCCUAAAUAUACUAUUUGUCUGCUAAGACUGUAGUCACCUCCCAGAGUGACAGAGGGUCAUCUGUGAAGGUCUGAGUGGGCCAGCCAAACCAUUUCCCGUAUGUUUUUAACUUGAAGACAAAGGCAAGCAUGUGACCCUUACGGAUUUCUUUUUUACAUAGAAUGAAACUUUGAAUAAUAUAAUACUUGUAGUUAACCUAAAGUUCAAUUUACAUUGCCAGGCUUAAAAUCUCCCUUCUUAUCCACAAAUGUUUCUCUAUUUGAUUUUGCUUUGGGGCCCAUGGUUCUGUACCUAUAGCUGACAUAAGCCACAUAGUCAUGUUAUAAUAAUUCUGAAAUAGUUCACAUUCUGUCAGUCAGCCAAUUUUCAAGACCAGAAAACAAAACAAUUUGUUCUGUUCCCUCUUUUUUGGAGUGUGACCUGAGACUCAUGGCUUGAGAAAAAACACUGCUUUUAAAGAAAACCUAGUGACAGAUGUGCUUGUAUGGCCCCUCACACCAUGCUGCAGAAGGUAUAUGGAUUUGAGAUAGAAGGAACUUACAGCAUUUGCUAGCUCUGGAGCUCUUAAUGGCAUACAAAUAGACUUCUGCCAUCAGAUCUGUAAGAUGAAGUUAACAAGACCCACAUAGCUCUAAGGGAAGCUACUACACAGCAGAGAGGGAGAGCAUGAACCAGGGUUAGAGCAGAGCCUCUUGUAGACUUUCUGAAGAGAUACAAUUUAACACAGGGGCUAUUGUCAUUCUGUCUACCAUGGUGAUGUAUCUUCUGCCAGCUGUGGCAGAAGCCCCACCCCGGGCUUCUGCAAUCUGGGGUGGUUAUUCAUUAUCUGCAGAACCACAGACAAAUCUCUUAAUCCUUUUGGGCCUCUGGUGAAUGAUGUAAUCUCUGUGAUCCCCUUCAGCUCUUAGAGCUUAACUUAAAUUCAGGGUAUUGGGUUUAUGCUGGAUACAAUCUUAUAUUUGUACAUACAACUCAACAAAGAAUGAUAGGCCCCAUAAACUUCCAUACAACUUUCUGUAAUAAAAUUUAAAUGGACCCAAUGUUUCCUCAAACUAUACACAUUAAGCUAGUAACUUGAAUCUCUGGAUUAAUUUAUUGUACCUUUCUAUAAAGCAAAAGUGAGUUUCUAGCAGAUAAGAGAGACAAGUACAGCUCCCCCUCCCCAUUGUUUCUUCUUCUACUGUUAAGGGGUAUGUUAUUUAAAAGUUAAAAUCAGCCUGGAUAUUCCUCAGUGCUGCUUCCAGUCCUCAGGAAAUAUAGCAAAUUAUAAAGUUAUUCUCUCUUAGCUUAACUAAGGAGGGUUAGGAAGAAUAAAAAUUUGCCUUGCAAACCAGAAAAUUCAGCUUAACUGACUGAGUGACUACAGUUAUUGAUACUGAUGGGUUAAUUAUUUGGAUCAUGCUAUGUAAACACUAAUUGCCCGUGUUAAUUCCAUAUAGAGGUCUCCUGAAGUUAAAUCCUUAAGCAACCUAACCUAGCUCAAUAUCAAGUACUCCUCUGUAGGCCCUGUGAUAAUUCACAGCCUUAACAACUAUAGAGAAUAAAUCUGCAAUAACAAUGCUAGUUUUUUCUCACUGUUUACUAUAGCCCAUGUAUUUAUCUACCACCUUCCUAUAUAG